GAAGGACAGAGCAGAUCAAGGGAUGAACUGAGCAUCUACUCACCUCCUGAGGAGCGCAGCAGCAGAAUUAGGUGUCCAGGAGAAUUUGCAUGCUGGUCAUCCCUGGGCUUCACACCCUUGGUGGGAGAGGGGUGUCAGGCAUCUUCCAAGCAGCCCCACCUUUCCUUUGAGAUGGUGGAUUAUUACAAAGUCCUUGGAUUGCAAAGAAGUGCCUCACAGGAUGAUGUUAAGAAAUCCUACCACAAACUGGCACUAAAAUGGCAUCCUGAUAAGAAUCCCAGCAACAAGGAGGAAGCUGAAAAGAAAUUCAAAGCAGUCGCUGAGGCAUACGAGGUUUUGUCUGACCCCGAGAAACGAUUACACUAUGACAUGUCUGUUAAGGAGACCAGAUCCGACAGAGGAAGAAGAGCCACAGGGGGUCAUGACAACUUCUUUGAUUCCCCUUAUGCUUUCAGUGACCUUAGGGAGAUCUUUGAGGAAGUCUCUGAAGUGCCAGAUCCCUUUCUAUAUGAUUUCUGGGACCCCUGCAAAUCUGGUAAAAACUGGUACGAAACAAGUGGAAGAACCUCCGACGUGUUUGCUGACUUUAUGGAGUCAUUUGUGACUUUAUUCAGCCCCAGCAAGCAGUCCACCUCUUUGUUUGCUGAGGGCAGAACUGGGCCACGCGGUGUCAGGUCAGAGUUAACUACUACUGAAGUGGUCAACGGCAAGAUCAUCACCACCAAGAAAAUCAUCGAGAACGGGCAGGAGAGAACAGAAGUGAGAGAAAACGGCAAGCUGAAGUCUGUGUCAGUAAAUGGGAGAGAUGUCCUGAACUCAUAAUGUCCCCCAGCACCAAGCAUCAACUGCAAGCUCUGUGCCAUGCUCUCAUUGCUCAAUGAAUAGGGUCUGCUAC